AUGGGAGAACGGAAGAGUCUGUUAUUAGCUGUUGCACCAUAUAUUGAAAAGCUACAUAGCGGAAGAGAACCAAUGUUCCCCGAACUUGAGAAAGAGUUGGCAAUUUGGAUACAAGAGAAUAGGAGUAAGGGUAGAGCAGUGACGAGAAUUAUGGUCGUACGCAAAGCCAAAAAUAUGACUCAACAACCGGCUUUCCAGAGACUCUAUCCCGGAAUAAAUCAGUUUGCCUUCUCUAAUAAAUGGCUUCGCAAUCGGUAUAACGAAUGGAUGAUCAAUGAAGCACAUGAAAUGACGCGUUCAGGGCGAAUCAAGCGACCAUCAUAUUCUGCUGUAGCAACGUGGGUGAAACAACCAUGGGAGGAUAUCGAUGUUGAACUCAUUAAAUCUUCUUUCAAAUGCUGUGGUAUCUUCUCCCUUGCAGACGAGCGAUCGCUCUUUAAUGUUGAGCAAUUAUACAAUGAUCUGGACAUUGCGAUAACUAAUUUGUAUGAGAUAGAUGUAGAAAGUACAGGAAGACAACUUGGAAGAGUAUUAAGUUUUUAUCGCCGCAAUAAACUGGAAGACCAUUUGGCUAAAGAAUGUCUAGAAAAAGCCAUUGCUUGUUACGAAAGGGAAUACGGUCCGGUACUAAAUUUGGAAAAAUUACAGAUAACUAUCCUUAAUUGGGAGAAAAUACAAUUAGAGGAAACCCUGGAAGAGCAAGCGUUAAUGGAAAAAUAUAACGAAUGUGCGGAAGAUCGAGACCAGUAUAAACAAUUGGUCCAACAAAAAGAAGAGGAACUACUUAUCGAAAUGAAACAUACGCAACAAUAUUUACAAGAAAGUUUAGAGGAAGCUCGAAAAUACGAUGAGAAAUACCAGAAAGAAAUCGAAAACCUUAAGAAGGAAAAAGAAGAACUUUCCCAGAAGCGCCAACAACAAUUCAACAAUCAACGACAAACUUUUAUGGAAGAAAUCACUGCUCUCAAGAAUGAACUUAAGGUUCUGAAACAACAAAUGGCCCAAGAACGAGAACAAGUGGAAGAAGAAUACAGAAAUUACUGGAUGAAGGUGUAA